AUGGCUUGCCUAGAGGAUGGGAACCACACUGUGGUGACAGAGUUUAUUUUAUUGGGCUUAACAGACAAUCUAGUCCUUAAAGUUAUCCUGUUCACAAUUAUCCUGUGCAUCUACCUGGUUACCAUGUCUGGGAAUCUCAGCACCAUCCUUCUCAUCAGAGUCUCUUCCCAGCUCCAUCACCCCAUGUACUUUUUUCUCAGCCACUUGGCUUCUGUUGACAUUGGCUAUUCAUCUUCUGUCACACCUAAUAUGCUUGCCAACUUCCUGGUAACACAAAAUACCAUCUCCUACAUUGGAUGUGGCAUACAGCUCAGCUUAGUUGAUUUCUUUGGGACAGCUGAAUGCUUCCUUCUGGCUGCCAUGGCUUAUGAUCGCUUCAUGGCAAUCUGUCAUCCACUGUUUUAUUCCACCAAAAUGUCCCCACAAGUCUGUGUUCAGUUGGUUUUGGGAUCUUAUAUAGGAGGUCUUCUCAAUGCUUCCUUUGCUAUGGCUUUCUUUUUUUCUUUUCUCUUCUGUGGACCAAAUAUAAUCAACCAUUUUUUCUGUGAUUUUGCUCCUGUGAUUGAGCUCUCCUGUUCUGACAUCAGUGUCUCUGUAGUUGUUACCUCAUUUUCUGCUGGCACAGUUACUAUGCUAACAGUGUUUGUCAUAGCCAUUUCCUAUACCUACAUCCUCAUCACCAUCCUAAAGAUGCGCUCCACUGAAGGUCGACACAAGGCCUUCUCCACCUGUACCUCCCACCUCACUGCAGUUACUCUAUUCUACGGGACCGUCACGUUCAUUUAUGUGAUGCCAAAGUCCACCUUCUCCACUGACCAGAACAAGGUAGUGUCUGUGUUCUACAUGGUGGUAAUCCCCAUGUUGAACCCCCUCAUCUAUAGUCUCAGGAAUAAUGAGAUUAAGGGUGCUCUGAGAAGACAGCUUGGGAGAAAAAUAUUCUCUUAG